AUGGCAGCAGACUGGCCACCAAGUGACAUUGCCUUCAGGUUUCUUCAGUUUAUAGAAAGUCAGUCAACCUCAUCAUCAGACAGUCAGCAUAUAAACAGUCCCUUCACAAAUUCAGAGAGAGAAACAGGAACUCCAGUUAGCACAAGUUCCACUGAUACAACAGAUGAAUCACCAUCUUCUUCGUCAGAUGAUGAAUCCAGUCAACAGGAAAAAAAUGAACGGAGAAAGGCACUAGAUGAACAAGGAAGCCAUGUUACUGUGUGUGACAUCAACCAGCCAAUGCUUGAUGUAGGAAAACUGAAAGCCUUGAGAAAAGGUUAUAAAACAGGUAUAUCAUGGGUGCAAGGUAAUGCAGAAAGUCUUCCUUUUCCUGAUGCAUCAUUUGAUGCAUACACCAUUGCCUUUGGAAUUCGAAACUGUACAAAUGUACAGAAGGUUCUUGAUGAGGCAUACAGAGUACUAAGACGAGUUGGCCGCUUUAUGUGUCUUGAGUUCAGUCAGGUCACCAAUCCUGUGCUUAGAAGUCUCUAUGACUCAUACUCAUUUCAAGUGAUUCCUGUAAUGGGCCAAGUGAUUGCCAAUGUGAAAUCUUACCAAUAUCGUGAAAGCAUUCGGCAAUUCCUAAACCAGGAAGGAUUUGCUGCAAUGAUUCGUAACAGUGGAUUUUGUAUGGCAACAUAUGAAAAUCUAACAUUUGGAGUGGCUGCUAUCCAUUCAGGUUUUAACUUUAAAAUGCAUUUGAUUGGUGCCAGGAUGAAACUACGAAAGAUAAUGUGUAUGAGUGUGAGAGACAAUAAUCGUGAAGGGAGACUGAAUGUUUAUUAACACUAUUGUUAAAUAAAACUCAUGUUAGUGGCUUAGAAACUUUACUUGGUAUGUAAAAUAUGUAAAAUCUCUGUCAACUGAUUCAAAAUGUUGCUCAUGAAUAUUUCCAAACAAGGGAGAUAAGACAGCAUGUUGGAUUGAUCAUGGAAGUUCUUUUACAUUGUUUAUAUUAUUUCAUUUUUUACAUUAUGUAGAAGAGAUUCGCUUAUUCUCAUGUCCACAGUUCAUUAGCAUCCAUCAAAGCCACAUUUUAUGAGGUUUUCUCACUUUUAAAGAGGGCGGUCUGGUGGUGCAACAAUUAGUGCGCGUCACCAGUACAGUGAGGGUUGGCUGUCCUGGGUCCAGUUCUCGUCUCAGGCACACUGUUCUUUCUCUGCAGGCGGCAUCUGUUUACAGGGCUAGCUGCCUUGGCCUGAAUAUGGCCUUUGCUGCUGCUCGGCAUAAAACACCAAUUCCACCCCCACUCCCCUUUUAAAGUUCCUACCAAAGUACUUUAAUCACAAUAGUUCA